AUGGCGGCGGCCAGGAGUUGCAGGCUGGCGCUCCGCGGGCCGAGGCUGUCAUUGCACACUGCGGCCCAAGCCGCCGUCACGGGUCCAGAAGUGACCGGCCCCGAGGUCACGGCGGCCCCCAUCGCGCGCUACCCGCCGAUUGUGGCCUCCCUGACGGCCAAGAGCAAGGCGGCACGGCAGCGGCGAGUGGAGCGGUGGCAGGCGACGGUGCACGCGGCCGAGUCGGUGGACGAGAAGCUGCGAAUCCUCACCAAGAUGCAGUUCAUGAAAUACGUGGUUUAUCCGCAGACUUUCGCCCUGAACGCCGACCGCUGGUAUCAGGACUUCACCAAGACCGCGUUCCUGCCGGGCCUGCCGCCGCCGCCCGCCGAGCCCGCCGAGCCCGCGCCUGCCCUGGACCUGGCGGCCCUGCGCGCCGCCGCGUGUGACUGCCUCCUGCAGGAGCACUUCUACCUGCGGCGCAAGGGGCGCCCUCCGCUCUACCAGGAACGCGAGGCUCUCGCCUCGCCCUUCCUGGAUCAGCUGGUGGUCACCCUCAUGGGCCUGCUCGGCGCGCACAACCCCACCCUGGCCAGCGCCACCCUCGAUUGUAAAUGCCCGGUUCACUUUUACUGGUUGCGAGGUGAAGAAAUUAUUUCUAGGGGUCAUCGGAAAGGUCGAGUUGAUGCUUUGCGAUACCAAAUAAAUGAUAAACCGCACAACCAGAUUCGAAUAUCCAAACAACUCCCAGAGUUUGUGCCGCUGGAUUAUUCUGUACCUGUCGACAUCCCUGUUAUAACUUGUAAGCCAGACAAACUUCCAUUAUUCAAACGACAGUAUGAAAAUACCAUAUUUAUUGGCUCAAAGACAGCAGAUCCAUACUGUUAUGGUCACACACAGUUUCAUCUGUUACCUGACAAACUGAAAAGGGAAAGGCUUUUGAAACGGAACUGUGCCGAUCAGAUAGAAGUUGUUUUUAGAGCUAAUGCUAUUGCAAGCCUCUUUGCUUGGACUGGAGCACAAGCUAUGUAUCAAGGGUUUUGGAGUGAAGCAGAUGUUACUCGGCCGUUUGUCUCUCAGGGCGUGAUCACAGAUGGAAAAUACUUUUCCUUUUUCUGCUAUCAGUUAAAUACUUUGGCACUGACUGCACAAGCUGAUCAAAAUAACCCUCGUAAAAAUAUAUGUUGGGGGACACAAAGUACGCCUCUUUAUGAAACAAUUGAAGAUAAUAAUGUGAAAGGUUUUAAUGAUGAUGUUCUACUCCAGAUAGUUCACUUUCUACUGAACAGACCAAAAGAAGACAAAUGACAGCUGUUGGAAAACUAAGAAGAAGUAACUGAUUCAGGACUUUGGGAAUACUUCAGUUUCACUGAAGGGAAGAUAAAAGGAAUUUUAAUAAUGAGACUUGUCAAAUGCAUUGUUUUGAGACAGAUAUUUCUUAUGUUAACCUAUGAUUUUGACCUCUCAUUCUUCUCAGACUACACACUGAAAGACUUAAUUUUAAAUAGAGUAUGUUGAUUUUAAGAUAAUUUUCUUCAUAAUGACCAAUUGGUGAGACCAGUUGAGCUAUCUGCAAUAUUUGGUAUUGUUUGUGAUUUUGAAAGGAAUGGAAGGACAGUAAUUCAAAAGUUUGAGAAUAAGUAGACAUGUUAUAUUUUUCUUUUUUGUUUUUAAUUUUUUUCAUUGAUAAAUGAUACAGUUUCAGAGUCCUGCUCAAACUGCUUUAAAAUUGUUCUAUCCUUGAUGGAACAAUAUUUUGCAAGUAUAGGAAACCAAGGCUUAGAGGAGUUAAGUGACUUUUCCACAAUUUCACAGAUGAUUAAUAAUAUAACUGAUGAAUUAAAUGCAACUUACGUUCUUAGCACUCAGAGGUAACGUUAACAAGUACAGGACUGUUGUUUAGUGUCCGCACCUAACUCAUGGCACAGGGUACUCAAUAAAUAUUUGACCCGGGGGCACCGGGCUGGCUCAAUCAGUAGAGUGUGCGACUCCUUAUCUCAGGAUCGUAAGCUCAAAGCCUAUGUUGAGUGUAGAGAUUACUUAAAAUCUUUAAAAAUAAAUAAAUAAAUAAAUAAAGGCAAUGUUAACACA